AUGAGUACAUCGAAUACAGUAACUCGAAAAGCGGCUGAUAAUAACAAUAAUUUCAAAGUGGUCACCGUCGUGGCUACACGUGGAAGAGGUGCUGAAAUAUCGGAAGAAAUUUCAUACACGGAUACAAAAGUAAUUGGUAAUGGUUCCUUUGGCGUUGUUUAUCAAGCAAAGUUAGUUCACACAAAUGAACAUGUGGCAAUUAAGAAAGUUUUACAGGAUAAACGAUUCAAAAACCGAGAAUUGCAAAUUAUGAGACGGCUUGAUCAUCAGAAUAUUGUACAAUUGAAAUAUUUCUUUUUCUCGUCUGGUGAUAAGCUCAAAGAGGAGGUUUAUUUGAAUCUUGUUUUGGAAUAUAUACCUGAAACAGUUUAUCGUGUGGCACGGCAUUAUACAAAACAAAAACAAACCAUUCCCUUAUUAUACGUGAAACUCUAUAUGUAUCAACUAUUUCGUGCAUUGGCUUACAUACAUUCAUUUGGUAUUUGCCAUCGUGAUAUUAAACCACAGAAUCUAUUGCUUGAUCCGGAAACAUCUGUAUUAAAACUGUGCGAUUUUGGCAGUGCGAAGCAAUUAAUCAAAGGUGAACCUAAUGUUUCUUAUAUAUGUUCACGUUAUUAUCGAGCUCCGGAAUUGAUAU